GGAUAACACCCAACUAAUGGAGUAUUUUUAAUCUACCAUUCGGCGUUUAUUUUCGAAGAAAAUGCAACAUCUCAUUUUUAAAUGUGCUGAAAUGUGAAGAAAGAAAGUAGGUCACAUUCAAGGUCAUUGCGCAUGCUCGUCUUUCACUUCCGGUCCAAGCGGCAAGGUUUCACCGAAAAAGUUCAACAAAAAACAAGAUGGUUACUCCCCAACAGCCUGGUAUGAUGGCACCCAUUCCUGGGUCUGCUCCCUCUGCAGUGGUUACAACAGCCAGUCCCGCGUUACCCCCUGGUAAAACACCCAUCAGCUUCUUGCAGGAGCUUUGUACUAAACGCGGAUAUACCCCAUCAUACGAUCUUAUCGCAAAUGAGGGCCCUGUACAUGAACCAAUGUUUGUGUUUAGAGUCACCUGUGGCGAGUUCAAAGGAUCUGGCAAAGGCACCAGCAAAAGACAUGCCAAGCAUGCUGCAGCUCAGUCAUGCCUGAACAAACUCCUUGGGCUGCCGAAUGGGACGAACGUGGAAGAACCAGUCCCCGCAGAAGCAACAUACAAUCCUGCGCAAACUGUGGAUGGACUGGCAGGAAACCCCAUUGGUCAACUGCAAGAGCUGACGCAGAAGAGAUUGUGGAGGCCUCCCAUCUAUGAGUUCACCAGUGAACAAGGGCCACCUCAUGCUAGAGAGUUCGUCUGUAACAUUAAGCUGCAUACAACCAUUGAGACUGGAACGGGAAAAUCUAAGAAAGUAGCAAAACGUAACGCAGCAGAGCUCAUGCUCCAGCGCAUCAAAGCAGGAAUCCCAGAGCCCCCACCGGAGGAAGAUGGAGAUGACGGCCCAGCUUUUGGUGCAAUCAAGGAGGGCAAGCGUAUCCCAACCCUGACCCCUCAGGCGAGUAAGCAGAUCAGCGGAUUCUACGCAACAUUGAAGAAUGCCACUGGGAAGAACUUGCUUGCACUCCAGACCCGCUCCCUCAAUUCUGCCACCAAUUACUGUCAACUCCUUCAGGAGAUUGCAGAGGAGCAGAGAUUUGAAGUGACAUAUGUUGAUAUUCAAGAGAGUAGCCAAACAGGACAACGCCAGUGUUUGGUGCAGCUGUCCACCAUGCCUGUAGCUGUUUGUCAUGGUGUUGGGCCAACAUCUGACGACGCACAUGCGCAGGCGGCCCAUAAUGCACUGCAGUAUUUGAAGAUAAUGACGAAGAAAGCCUAAAGACUGCACUCUGUGAGUGCCCGCCACGAACAAACAAUCAUAUUCAUCAAUGUAAGAUUUGGAAAAGGAAACCGUUAAUUCAUUUGAUCUUAAAUGAUUCUAACAUGAUAUGACAAGUUAAUGAAAGCAUACAUUUUAUACAAAUUGACUAUAUAAUUAAAUCACAGAUUAUGAAGAAGUUUGGACACCUGGGUAUCAUUUAUAGAUCUUCAUAAAGUUCAGAAGUCAUGUUGUAAUUAAGGAAACAAUGGAGUUUAGUAAUUCUUAACUUUAUGAAAUUCUGUUAAUAACCCCUGCUUAACAUUAUAAACACUUGAUUGUUGGUGAAUGUGGUGCUUGUUCAGUAUUCUCUCAGUUGGGGCACACACAUGUUGUUGACUUUAGGCUGGCCUAUAAGCCAUAUUUAUUAGGCUCUCC